UACUUGCUCCUCCAUCCUCAACCAAAGGAGACUUAAUUAAACUAUCAAUGGAGGUCCAAGUGCAAAGGACUACCAUCAUAUCUCAUAGUGAUCCGACCGCCGUUUCGUCCGAAGUUCCCCUCUCCGUCUUUGACCGCUUCACAUCGAACAUUCACAUCGUCAUGCUCUUUGCCUUCGUCCCUCCAAUUGCAUCAAACGAAUCCCUCAUAGAUGGCUUGAAAAGAACACUGGUUCACUUCCCGGCACUAACUGCGCAACUUAGCGACGGUCGCGAGCACUCUCGACGACCAUGCCUUGUUAUCGGAGGCGAAGGCGGGGGCGCGCUGCUACUAGAAGCUGCGGUGGCCUCGAAUUUACUGGACCACCUCCCUUUCGAGCCAUCACGGCACUUCAAGCUACUGCACCCCCUUACUGAAGAACCUGAACACCUGUUCCAAGUCCAACUCAACCGUUUCAAGUGUGGCGGGCUUGUGAUCGCGAUGACUUUUCACCACCAAGUGGCCGACGGCCAGUCUAUGAGCACCUUUUUUGUCGCAUGGGGGCGGGCAGUCCGUGGAUUGGCAAUCGAGAAGCCCCCAGUCUUCGAUCGAUCGCUACUCAAGCCGCGUAGCCCACCAAAGUACGAGUUCCCACACCGAGGGUUUGAGUUCUUGCCUCUUUGUCCAAAUCAAGAUGGCUUAUCCUUAAGCGAAAGAAAUAUUAAUCCAAGUGACAUAGCGAACAUUGUGUUGCGCUAUCCUUUGGAGUACAUAGCAAAGCUGAAGGCCGAGUUGAAUAGGAAGUACACCACCUUUGAGACUCUAUCGGCGUACCUAUGGAGAAAGAUUACAAUAGCUCGCGGUCUUGCAGAGCAAGAAUACGCUACAAUAAGGAUAUCGGUGAAUGGCAGAAGGCGCCUACAGCCACCGUUGCCAGAUGAGUUCUUCGGUAAUGUUGUACUAGUGGCGCUUCCUGGGGCGAAAGUGAAGCUUUUGAUUGAAGGAGGGCUCUCAGAGGCGGCACAGAUUGUCCACGAAGGGAUACAAAAGAUCGACGACCACUACUUCCAGUCAUUUAUCGAUUUCGGGGCGAUUCAUGGCGACGAGGAGCUCCAGCCAGUGUACGCGUUGGAAGGGAACGUGCUGUCGCCGGCGGUGGAGGCGGAUAGCUGGUUAGGGUUUGAGUUCCACAAAGUGGACUUCGGUGGUGGGGGUGGACGUUUAUGCGGUUUUAUCCCGGCUUGGGUGCCUGCGGAUGGGUUGGUUGUAUUCAUUCCUGGUCUGGGUGAGGGUGGGGGAGUAGAUGUGUUUGUGUCCUUGAUUGGGGAGCAUGCUAAGGUUUUGAGUCAAAUUUCUCACACUAUGGACUAA